AUGGGCCUACUCCACAUGAACAAGGAACUGUGUAACUUUGAAGAAGUGUCGCGGCUUACCCAAACCUGCAGGCUUGUCCGGGGACUAGGCAGAAGUCUGAGGGAGAAAGAGCAGUUUUAUGAAACUCUACAGGAAAUGACAGAAACAAUAAGACAUCACGAGAAUGUCACUGUCAUGGGAGACAUGAAUGGACAUGUCGGACAGAAUAGAGAUGGAGUAGAGCACGUUAUCGGAGAGUUUAGCAUUGGCGAAAGGAACCAGGAGGGAGAAAGAAUAAUAGAUUAUUGUGUGAUGAAUAACAUGUCCAUUAUGAAUACUUAUUAUAAACAUCAGGAGAGCCAUAAAUGGACAUGGUAUCGGUGGAAUGCAGCACAACAAGGAUAUACUGAGAGGUCAAUGAUUGACCUGUUUCUCACCAACAAGAAAAACAUAUUUAAAGAUGUUAGGACCAUACCAUCUGUGUCCUUAGACUCUGACCACAGGUUGGUGGUGGCUAAAUUAAAAAUUGUAAAACCAAAGGAAAAAGUCAAGAAAAAGCAAAAGAGAUUCAAACUGGAAAACCUCAAGGACGAAGAGAAGAAGCAAGCACUACGACAACUGGAGAUUGAAGAAAGAUGGAGAGAAUACUUCCAAGAACUUCUAAAUGUGGAGGAUGUGGAAGUGGAUGAAGAGCGGAAUUUAGAUAUACAGGAAGAACAAGGAGAGAACCCAAAUGAGAUCAGUACAGAGGAAGUGAAGGAGGCACUAAAGAAGAUGAGAAGCGGCAAAGCCCCGGGGGACGACGAGCUCCCUAUAGAGCUAUUUAAAGCUGCUGGGGAAGAAUGUGUAGAGUGGAUGAGGUACAUUUUCAAAUUAUGGAACUCAAAAUCAUAUAAGCCAGAAGAGCACAUCAUGAUAACAGAUGCUGAGGUAGUGGUCAACACUCGCGAUCACAGCUGUUGA